ACAAAUAAAAGAGUAAAAUGUAGCUGAAAUAAAAGAUGGUGACUCGAAUAGAACACCUCACCUGAAACUUGUGAUCACAGUUGAACCUGAGAUUUUGUGGUAGGGGAUUUGUUUGAACUGUCACAGACUGACACAACGACGCUGGUAAGAGCUGAGCCAGCUAACCAACGAGCUGAGCUAGCUAGCAACGCUGUCAAGGACGAAGCAAACUGCUUGGCCAGCCCAAAUAGCUAUAGCAGCAGCAGGUGACUUUUUUUUUUUUUUUUACCUGGUUUGCUAUAUUAUAAUAGCCUAGAUAAUUUUCUUUAACGUUAGCUGCAAGCAGCGAUUCAUGAGCUACCAAAAGAAACACACUUUGUAUUCAUAUUUUGGCUAAGCAUUUUCUCAGACAGCUGGUAAUGUGGCUGUUCUUUUAUAGACUUAGCUAGCAAGCUAACGUUAGCUCGGCGAUGCCCCAAACAUUUAUAGCUAAUGUGGCGUUAGUUAUUGCUAGGUGGUGACUUCGAGCAACUAUCUAUUUGGCUAGCGAGUCAGCUCAACACUUUUACUAAGAUAUGCUAGCUAACGUUAGGCUUAAAGGGACUAAUUUUCACAUAAUCUGGAAAAAUAAUGGUCAAUGUGUUGUAUAUGACUAGUCAUAUUUUCAAGCAUAAGGUCGAUAAAGUUGUGUUUUAAAAUUGUCACUGGUUUGUACUAAGGUUGGCCGGUGUGCAAAUGUGGAAUUAGAUAUCCGACUAUAAAUUCCAUUUUUGUUUUACCGUUCGGGUUGGAGACGAUAGGAAAACGAGGCAGGUCGAUGUCACGCUUUCCCAAUUGAUAGAGGGUGUGAAAAGCAGCGGUGUCUGUGGUUGCCGUCCAUUAUGCUAAUCUCUAAAUGCUUCAGGAAAACCAUUGCCCCGUUCUAAAACUUCCUUUACUCAGGAAUGCGAAUAAACUGUCUGUUUUUCUAAACUCUAGUCACCAGGAAAGCGGAACACUCCAUAUUCCGUGAAGGACAAAUUUAGCACCGGCAAGCACUCGUGUCAUUAUAGUUGAAGGCCGAGCCGGUGCGUGUUGCUCAAAGGUAGUUGUCAGAGACAAUUUAGUCUUAUUUUCCUCACUCUCAAGUGCACAGAUUAAUUAAAGAUUGACCACAAAUAACGUCCAUCGUAAGGCAUGGCUGACUCCAGCUCAGAGGUGAUCGGAGAGGAUCUGAAGAGUGGACCCUCGGUCACCCAGGAACCCUCCAAAGACCAGGCCGCUGUGCCUACUGCGGAAGAGGUUUCCAGCCCAACACGGGAAGACAGCAGUUUGAAAGACCCAACUGCAUCGGCCUGUUCGGAGACUUCAGCUGACUGUAUGGUAGACAGCCUUCAAAGCCAGGGGGAGGAGCCUACUGAAGCGGCGACCGAUGAUGCAAGUGUUGCGCUGGCGAGCGAGGAGGACCCUACGGAUGGGGGGAGCGCAGAGGCGGAGAGCAGGUCGGAGGAGAGGAGCCAAUCGGCCGACUCGGCCUCCUUUUCCGUGCCCAGCCUGGUGUUCUCGGACGGGAACAACGGAAACUCGCCGGACGAGGCUCUGUCCUCCUCCUACUCUGCUCUGGGCGCCGAAGGACAGUCCCCGUCCGUCGACUUGCCCUGCUUGGGGGACGAGGCCCUGGGGGCCACUGCUGCCGCCUCCCCCCCCAUGGUGGUAGGAGGCCCUGCCGGGACCGGGCCAGAUUCGGACCCCGCCCUGCCGGCGUACUACUUCGUGAAGUGGAUCAUGUGGAAGGACAAGAAGACGCCGAUCAUCACGCAGAGCGAGAACGGGCCCUGUCCGCUGCUCGCCAUCAUGAACAUCCUGUUCCUGCGCUGGCAGGCUAAGUUACCUGCCCAAACAGAAGUCAUCACCACCGAGGACCUUAUGACUCACCUUGGGGAGUGUGUGUUAUCCAUUAAACCAAGGGAGAAGGUACAAGGAAUGGAGCUCAACUUUCAGCAGAACAUGAGCGACGCCAUGGCGGUCCUGCCCAAGCUGUCCACUGGCCUGGAUGUCAACGUACGCUUCACGGGGGUGUCUGAUUUCGAGUACACGCCGGAGUGCAUCGUGUUCGACCUGCUGGACAUCCCCCUGUACCACGGCUGGCUGGUAGACCCACAGAGUGUAGAGAUGGCGACUGCAGUGGGGAAACUCAGCUACAAUCAGCUGGUGGAGAAGAUCAUCAACUACAAGCAGUCUGUGGACAGCAGCCAUGUCAGCGAAGCCCUGGUUGCCGAGCAGUUCCUGGAGUCCACGGCGACCCAGCUCUCGUACCACGGCCUGUGUGAGCUCAACACUACCGCCAAGGAAGGGGAGCUGUCCGUCUUCUUCAGGAACAACCACUUCAGCACCAUGAUCAAGCACAAGGGCCACCUGUACCUGCUGGUGACGGACCAGGGCUUCCUGCAGGAGGAGGCCUUGGUGUGGGAGAGCCUGCACAACGUGGAGGGCGACGGGAACUUCUGCGACUCGGACUUCCGCCUGUGCCACCCGCCGCAGAGGACCACCCCGCCCGCUGCCCCGGGAGCCGCGCUCACUCCGCAGCAGCAGCAGCAGCAGAUCGACCAGGACUACAUGGUCGCGAUGUCCCUGCAGCAGCAGCAGGGCGCGGCCCCGGGGCCUCUCAGUGACCUGGAGCUGGCCCGGCAGCUGCAGCAGGAGGAGUACCAGCAGCAGCAACAGCAGCUGCCCCCUGGUGGCCAGCCCUCUGCACCGCAGGUCCGAGCUCCGGCACACCCCGCCCAGCAGGGCGGCGGCCAGAGGAGGCGCCCCGAAAAAAAGGACGACUCCGACUGUGUCAUACUAUAGCCUCUCCCACUGCCCCGCCCCCAUGCCACACCCCACCCCGCCCCUUCCUGUUAUUCCAGGAGCUUGGGUCCUUCUGGAGCCUGGUACCCCCCCUCCCCUCAACCAAACUGAGACUGGGGAUCACCCCCCCCCCCAUUCUGCACACCUCCUAACAUCUGUCCACACACACACGCACUCACACACACGCACUUACACACGCACUCACACACACUCACGCACACACACACACACACUCACACGCACUCACACACACACACACACUUACAACGCACUCACACACACGUACGCACACACACACUCACACGCACUCACACACACACACUCACAUGCAAACACUCACGCACGCACUCACACGCACACACACGCACACACUCACACACUCACACUCACACACGCACACACUCAUGCACACACACACUCUUCACAUUUGUCACAUCCAGCCAAAUAGAAACAGGAAGUGGAGAGGGGUGUGGGAGGAAGGGGGGUGCACAUCAUUCCUCACUGCCAAUUGUAACCAUGGAACCCUCAAAGCAGAUCGUCGGAACCAGACGGGAGACCCCCUCCACCCCCCCCACUUUAUCCGGUGGAGACGGGUGGGAAAAAUUCCCGAACUGCUUUCGAGUUCGGCCUGAAGUUUUGGGGUCGACCUGCAGUCAAGGGGGAGACACAGGGGACCUACUCCCCCAAGUGCAUUCUGGGGUUAACCUGUUAACCUGCUUGAUUUUUUUAAAAACUUAUUAAAAAUUAUUAAAAAUAAAUAAAAAGUUAGUACAUCCUCCCCAUUACCCUUUUUCAGACAUUUUCCCCCUUGUUGGAGACAGAGCCUAGCUGUGUUUCUGACUGUCAAUUGGAUCUUGUGCAGGCUUCUAUUGCAAUUUUUUAAAAAGAUGAUCUGAUUGGCCAUCAGAAGUCACAUGAGCACACGUAUGAGAAGUUUGGUCUACUGGUUGGUCCAGUUCAAACGGGAAAUGCAACAGAAAUAUUGUGCAAAAAACUAUAAAAGGUUGAAUGCAUUUCACAAGUACAGGUUACCCCCCCCAUCCUUUUUUUCUGGGGUGCUCCUGUCCCAAAUUCUAGGACAGAACAAAUUGCCAUCUUGGGUCCUUGGGCAUAGAGAUUCCUUCCAAUACGUCAGAACCGACAGAACAUUCCGGUCCUGUGUGCAGUCACUGCACCUGGCGGGAUUGUGCUAAGCUUUCAGGCAAAGGAAGUGCCUUUAGGGCUCAGUUACUUUAGUGUACAGAGACAGGAAGUGCGUUUAGGGCAGUUGCUUUUGUGCUCACUUAGUGUACAGGGCAGUUACUUGAGUGUGCAAGGACAGGAACCGUCUUUAUGGCUCAGUGACUUGAGUGUACAGGAAGUGUCUUUAGGGCUCCGUUACUUUAGUGCUCAGUUACUUUAGUGCUCAGUUAGUGUACAGAAACAGGAAGUGCCUUUAGGGCAGUUACUUGAGUGUAUAAGGACAGGAAGUGUUGUCAUGGCUCAGUGACUUGAGUGUACAGGGACAGGAAGUUGUCUUCAGGGUAGUGUGACUUUGGUGUACAGGCACAGGAAGUUGUCUUUAGGAUAUGGUAAGUUAAGUAUGCAGGGACAGGAAGUCCCCUUUAGGACACAGUUAAUAGAGUGUGUUGUAUCUGGUCCAGUGUAAAACCUGCAGCGGAGCGUGGGAAGAUAAUCUCAAUGUGAGAACUUAAAUUAACAGUGGUGGUUAGGGAACACAGACUGUGCAAAGGAGCCAUACCGGACCGCAGAAGGGACUUGGUUCUUGACCCGCUGAGCUUAUGAGUGUUAAUAUAAUUCUUACCUUUUAAUCGGAAUAAUAAAGGCAAAUAGUUCUUCAAAUGCGGAGAAGCCAACUGAUGUCCCAGUGCGUUUUCAGUAGCCAUAGAGGGGGGAGGGAUUGACCACAUCAUGUUAACACACCUGACAUCACACCUGACUUUGUAUUUCAUCUCAAUAAAGGACAGUAAAUAUG